CAGGAAUCAAUUCUUAGAGAAAGAUAAGAAGCCCGGUUAGUCCAACUCAUGCGCAGGCGCAGAAGAAAGACGGAAGCACAAAGUAAGGCGCGCCCUUCCCCCACCGUAUUUCAGUCCAACUCCCACUGCGCAGGCGCCUACAGUGCACCAAGAUGGCCGCCCCCGUGGAUCUAGAGCUGAAGAAGGCCUUCACAGAGCUUCAAGCCAAAGUUAUAGACACUCAACAGAAGGUGAAGCUCGCAGACAUACAGAUUGAACAGCUAAACAGAACGAAAAAGCACGCACAUCUUACAGAUACAGAGAUCAUGACUUUGGUAGAUGAGACAAACAUGUAUGAAGGUGUAGGAAGAAUGUUUAUUCUUCAGUCCAAGGAAGCAAUUCACAAUCAGCUGUUAGAGAAGCAGAAAAUAGCAGAAGAAAAAAUUAAAGAACUAGAACAGAAAAAGUCUUACCUGGAGCGAAGCGUUAAGGAAGCUGAGGACAACAUCCGGGAGAUGCUGAUGGCACGAAGGGCCCAGUAGGGAGCCUCUCUAGGAAGCUCUUCCUCCUGCCCCUCCCAUUCCUGGUGGGGGCAGAGGAGUCUCUGCAGGGAAACAGCUUCUCCUCUGCCCCAAUGGAUGCUUUAUUUGGAUGGCCUGGCAACAUCACAUUUUCUGCAUCACCCUGAGCCUCAUUUGCUUCCCAGCCCUGGAGUUUUUACCCGGCUUUGCCUGCCACCUCUGCCCAGGACACUCUUCCCUCUCGGGGUGUGUGAUGAACUCCCAGGAGAGGGAAGAUGGGAGCCAGGGCAAGAUAGGAAGCUCUGCCUGAGCUUUCCACUAGGCACGCCAGCCAGACCAGUAAAAAGCGUCUGUCCCACUCUGCUAAGCCUGGUUUUCUUGAGCAGAGGGAUGGAACAGAGGGUGAGAGAGGCAGUGGCUGUCUCCACCUCAGCUCCUGCUCCCUCUGCAUCAGAGCCCUUCCUUUCUUGGGGGAUGGGCCUUGCCCUCUUCUCUUUUCCCUUCCUGUACCUUUGACUAACCCUCAGCUUCCAGGCCUGCAUGUAGUAGACAGAAGAGGAAGAAAGAACAGACGUUCACAGCUGAAUCUCAGUGAACAGAAUAACAGUCCCUGGAUGGCAGUCUGCCUAAAGAUUCCUUUCCCUGCCUUCUCCCAUACAUUCCAAAAGGAAGUUCAACAGUCAGCAGCACCUCCAAGACUGUCUCCUUUUGGCCAAUAUCAUAAGAUGGACGCCGUAAUCCUGAGGCCUCCUAGAGGCUGAGGGGGCAACGGUGUGAUCCAGCUGGCUCAUCCCAGCCCAGGUGGGCCAAUUAUUCAAUUUUCAAGAAUUUUGUUGCAAGCCAGUUGUUAAACACAGCCAUUAUAAUUAUGUAAAUUUGCAAAUUAUGUUAAAAACAAGGACAAUAAAUAUUCAAAAUGCAUCCCUAAUUACUA